AUGACCACCGACACAGCACCGUUAGCAGCAGGGGAACCUGACGUGAAGGUCCUUGCGCGCAAGUACGCCGAAGAGCGCGACAAACGCUAUGCAGCACGUGCAGAACACCAAUAUCUUUCUCUGCGAGAGAUUCGGGAUGCAGAAUUUGCGCAAGACCCCUUCGUGGACUAUGAGCACGCCCGAGCCAACGAGACCGAGAUCCACGACGGAGAAUUUCGGCAGUGUGUCAUCAUCGGCGCCGGUCACAACGGGCUUCUCUUCGCAGUUCGCCUGAUUGAAGCUGGAAUCAGCGUGGACAAUAUUCUCCUGAUCGACAAUGCCAGCGGGUAUGGAGGAGUGUGGUAUUGGAAUCGCUAUCCCGGCCUGAUGUGCGAUGUGGAAAGCUACAUCUAUCUACCGCUUCUCGAGGAGACCGGCUUUGUUCCCAAACACAGAUACUCGUACGGAGAAGAGAUCCGGACCAAUACUGAAUCGAUUGCCAAAAAGUAUAACCUCAAGGCUCUUUUCACCACGACUGCUACACGAAUGGACUGGGACGAUGACCGUGUCGAAUGGACGACCCAGGUGACACGUGAUCUCGGCCAGGAGGGCAAGGUCGACAUCAAGAUCAGGUCUCAGUUCCUGUUCAUCGCAGCUGGUCCCUUGACCGUACCAAAAAUGCCCGACGUGCCCGGCAUGGACGAGUACCUGGAGGCUGGCAAGCACAUCUUCCACAGCGCUCGCUGGGAUUUUGAGCUGACGGGGGGCACGCAACAGAAUCCUGAAAUGACCAAGUUGAGAGAUAAAAAGGUCGCCAUUGUUGGCACUGGUGCAACCGGUGUCCAAGUGAUUCCUGAAGUGGCCAAGUACGCCGAGAAGCUUUACGUGUGUCAACGGACGCCGUCUUACGUCGGAACCAGAGGCCAAAAAGAGACUGAUCCAGACGACUGGAAGCGUGUGGCACGGGGUAAAGGAUGGCAAGCAGCUCGAGCUGACAACUUCAAUCUGCUGAUUUCGAAUGAUCCGGAGCCCGAAAACCUUGUCGGCGAUGGUUGGACGGAAACUGGAGCAAAUGCCGCUUUUCAGGGCGGCAAAGGGAAAUAUCCCAUCGUCACGCCAGAGGUGGUAGCGGAUCAUGUCGCGUAUUUUAUGGAGAUGGAUGUCGAACAAGCGAACAACAAGCGAGCCCUAAUCGACAAAGUAGUUGCGAACAAAACCGUGGCCGAGCAGCUGAAACCCUGGUAUGCUGGGUGGUGUAAGCGGCCCAUCUUCAACGACGACUAUCUUCCUACGUUUACAAGGCCCAACGUCCAGCUCGUGGACCUUGACGGCAAGAGCAUCGAAAAAUUCACGAGCAAAGGAAUCGUCGCAAAUGGAAUCGAAUACGACGUUGACAUCAUCGUUCUUGCCACGGGCUUCGAGCUUCUGCCCAACGCCAGCGCAUCUACACGGGCAAACGCUCCGAUUCGAGGUCGGAAUGGCAGACUUCUAGAUGACAAGUGGAAUUCGUACGAAUAUGACACUCUACACGGCUGCAUGAGCCACGACUUCCCCAACCUGUUUUUCCAGGGCGUCUUUGGGCAAGCAACAUCUUCAAACUUGACCAGGCUGUACAGCUUUCAGGCGGAGCAUUGUGCGUUUGUGGUGCAGAAGGCCCUUUCAUCCGCACCAAAAGGCGAAAUGGCCAUUGUCGAAACGCCCAUAGCCGCCGAAGAGGAAUGGGGCCAGGAGACCUCCAAGCGGGCACUGUUCUUCAGCACAUUGCCGCUCUGUACCCCGGGGUACUUUACGGGAGACGCACAGGUAAGGACUCCGGGAACCCCGGAGGAAAUCGCGUUCAUGGCGAAACGGAUUCCAUGGCCCGGCGGUGUUACCGAUUAUGGCAGAAUCCUCGGUCGAUGGAGGGACGCUGGAGAGUGGAAAACGGUGGUUUCGGCCAAGUCGGUCGCGCAGACGAACGGCGUCGAUAAGCUCACGUCUGCUGUUCUUGCCGAGAACUUGUGAUUGAAACGGCCGAGUCGGGCGGCG